CUGCCGCCGCCAACCCAACCGACGCACGAACAAUAACGCUGCAGACCGAACUACUCAGCUACUUCGAUCAUUCCCUGGGCGCCGAUAUUCAUUGAUUCAUUCACACCCUGACGUGAGCUGGCAUUAAUAAUAAUAAUAAUAAUAUUAUAACGCUUAUUCGCCGUCUUUUUAAAGCGGCGGUUCUCCCCAAACCCGGCGCAAGUUGCUGAAGGCAUCGCGGCUGAUCUGAUGGAGCAGCCUUUUGGAAUGCAAUGCAGGUUCCUAAACAGGAAAUCACACUUGGGUCUGGAGCAGAUCUCUGCGCUGGCGGCAUCUGGCAGAACAUUGCUUGGCUUAAAAAAAUGCUACAAAUUCAUUGUGGAUGACACCACUGGAGAAACAGCUGUGAUUUGUUCUGCAUUCAGACUUCUGGAGAAUCUACAGCUGGAUUGUCCAGUUGGGCAGUUGUUGAAUGAAGCCGUACAGGCACAUCAUAAGCAAUACAAAUCGGGUACAACCACCCUUCUCUUUCUUGCUGGAUCUUGGAGUAAAGCUGCUCUAAAUUGUUUACAGCAAGACAUUCCCAUUCCAUUCAUAGUAUCUGUGAUGUAUGAAGCAUUGGAACAUUGUUUUGAGGUACUAAAGUCACAUCAGAUAUCCAUUGAUAGCAUUUUGAAAAGAUCAUGCUGUAAACAGAAUCCAGAAACAAGUAAAUCAUGUACCUUGAAUAGCUCUAUUGUGCAUCCAGAUGAAGUAGUAACGGUAUCAACUCAGUCAACAACUUCAAUUCAAGGCAGUUCCACAAAAAACAAUGAAAGUGCCUCUAUGUGGUGUUUUUCUAGACAUAUUAUUGCCCGCGCCUCUUCAGGCUUAGGUAGAGAAACCUCAAUGCACAAACAAUCAAAAUCAAAGGUAAAGAUGAGCCGGCACUUCACUACUCCUGAAAGCCAGAAACAAGAAGAAACCAUACUGGAUUUAUCAAGUAAUUGCCAGAAUGAUUCAUUUGCAUCUACAACUGACUACAAAUUUUUUACAGCAUUGGCUUUAUCCUUGAGCCAUGGAAAUGAACAGAUGAUGCAAUUGGCAAUAGAAACCUAUAAAAUCCAGACACGACAUUUUGGAGCAGAAAAUGUUUUUUACAGAAGUCUCCCUGAAUUGGAUGUUGGGAAGUUAGUUAUAUAUUUAUUUCCUGGACUGAGUGAGUUCUAUUCCUGUGUUAGUCCAGGUUUCAUUGCAUUAAUUUCAGGCGAGCAAUCCAUAAUUGUCAAAUGUCUGUCAAAUCUGCCCUUGCAUACUAUAUUCAUAAAUGGAGAUUUGACUGAUAAGUACCAACAUCCUGGUUUCAAUAGAAUUUCAAAUGUUACUGUGGUUACACGAGAGAUUAAGGAUGUUUCUAAAAGUUUGGAAGAAGAAUGGUUGGAUGCAGCAAUGGAUAUACUUCAUAAAUUUCACGUUAAUUUGAUUUUAGUAAAGGGAAUAACAUCUCCAUGCUUAAAGGAUAAGUGUAUGAAAGAAAAUAUUUUGAUAAUUCAAGAAGUGAAAGACUCUGUGAUGCAUAACUUUGCGGAGGCUAUGGGAGCUAUCACUGUAAGUUACAUUACACAAGUAAAUGAAAAUUGUGUGGGAACAGGAGCACAUUUGUGUUUCUGGAAAAAUAAUAAUGCACCAAACCUGGAAGAUAGAGUUGCUGUGCAGAUAAAUACAUUUAAGACCUCAGUACUUACAAUAGUACUUUGUAGUCCUUUAAGUUGUAAGCUGCAGACAAUGGAAGACCAAUUCUGGACUUGUGUAUAUCGUUUAAACGAUGCCCUUCGUGAGAGACAAAUCUUCCCUGGUGCAGGUGCCACUGAGCUUUUAUGCCUCCAUCAUCUAAAACAACUAAUAUUAGAAGCAAAGAUUUUUAAACCAGAAAUUGAUGCACAUUGUUCUUCACGCUUUGUAGACACAACAAUACUGUAUAGAUCACAAGUCUUACAGUCUUUGGCUGAUGGCCUAACUGAAUAUCUUGUGGCUGCCAUGUUUAAUACAGGCAUGUACAUAACACCACUGGAUGCUUUAACAGAAGUGCAGAAGUGCCUUUGCAACAAUGUUGGGUUAUUUCCUAUCAUUUCAGAGGUAUCAGGGAAGGGCAUGAAUCUUGUUAUGUCAGGCACAUCUGAUUUUACUAAACUAAAUGAAGGUUGCUUGGAGUACAAUGUCCAUGAUAAUGUCACUAUCAAGCUUGAAGCCUGGCGAAGGGCUUUGAAUUUAGUGCUACUGGUACUGCAAGCAGAUGCUGAAAUCAUCACAGGUAGCCAAGCUAAAACUUCCACAGCUGAUAGAAAAGUUAAUUUCCUUAACUCAUAUAUAUCCAUUUGAGCAGAUCGUUUCGUGAAUGCAGUUUAAUUUGGACCUUGAUGACUGGGGAAAAAAAAGGCUAUCCACAGGUUGACUACUAUUGAUGUUACAUUUUGCAGGAAAUUCUGCAUCAAACUAAUAGCAUUCACCCAUUUGAAUGCAGGGAAUACUUUGCAAGAGCAUCUAAAUGUAGACGUCCUGGACUUGCUGACAAGUUACUCCCAGUGAAUCUGUCACUAUGCUGCCUUAGAUGAAUGUUUUCAAUGAUUAAACGUUCCCCUCAACUCCCUCAAGGUUCUAGCACAUCUAAUCACUAAGGGAAAUGUAUAGUUGCUAAUUAGCCUACAAACCAAUUCAUCUUUGCCAAUUGGUAGGAAACCGGAACAUCCAGAGGAAACCCAUGUUGGCAAGAGAGAACAUACUAACUCCACAAAGAAGAUUAGUUCAGGAUUCAACCCACAUCGCUGGAACUGUGAGGCUAUACCAAAGUGCUGUCCUUCUUCAGGCCUACUUAAGUCUCGUGGGAUCGUGACCAUGCACAGGACAUUGUCCAUUGAGUGUACAAUACUUUUGUCCAGGAAGUAGAUCUUUCGGGAUGUACUUACGGAUAAGUAAGGAUUAAUUGGGUAUUUGAAUAGUGAGUGCAGCUAUGAGCGUUGCUUGGCAAAAUCUAAAUCUUUCAUCUUGUUCCAAAAUGGAGUUUUGGAACUUCCCAACUCAUUGCAUCUGUUUUAUUUUGUAGUAUCUUUGACCUUUGCAUUUGAUUAUACGGUAUACUUACAAUUAGAAUAAAUAAAAAUAUUGUUAGCAUUCCCUUUAUAAAAUACACGUUCAUGUAGUAUUAUUCUGUGACUCACAUAAGACGGAUGUUCCUUUUAUAGUUUAAAAUGGGUGCAUUAUUGAGUGAUGUUCUCCAUUAGAACUUAGGAUCUGUGAAGUUCAAUGGAUGUAUAUACAUAUCAUUCUUUAAAUAAAAAUACUUCAAAAAUUA